AUGCUCGAAACGGUCGUUGAAGUUGACGAGAAUGAGUAUUGGUUAAGGGACUCCGUCUCGACACGAAGUUCCGAGACGCGCAUGCUUGAGAGGGGAAUGGACGCACUCGCAGCAGCAGUCCAAGGUUGGUCUUCAGGACGUCCCUGUUGUAUCCUGAUGCUGAUCUGGGCUUCGACAGCACUCCACGAUGGUGAUAUGGGUCGACCAGGCGAAAGCGACCGUAUCCGCAAAGGGUCGAUCCCCAAGCCAAUUCAUUUGAGAUCUUCCAGACCGGCAAAUAUGGAGCCUCAAAAUAGUAUUGGCCGUCGAGGAUCAGUUGUCUCACGACUGCCAUCGUCGGAGCUGGCAACUCUGGCCUGUGGCAGCAACUCAAAUCGCCCUAAACCCUGCCAGCCUGGGAACAAUACUGAGCAGAGUGUCUCACAAUCAACGAGAUUUCGCAUGUGGGAGAAAAGUCUUCUGGGCUCUUUGCGGCAGAUACGGCUUGACGAAGAGAACCGCCUCGUCGACCGACGGGAAAGCUUGCAUAUCGAGAUCCCUGCCAGUCCCAGGUCUCCUAUCGGCCGUCGACUUUCAGAAUUGCAGACUCCGCCUUUUCCGUCUCGCUCGAAUGGCGAAGAUCGGGGUGCGCAGGACGGCCACACCGGAACCCCAUAUGCAAGCUGCGGGGCUUAUCAGCUUGUCUACGCCAACUCUACCCUGCAGGACCUUCACCAUCAGCUCGAUGAUUCAAGGCGUUUCUUGGAUUCAAUGAUCAAGCUCAAAGUAAAGAGUUCCGGGCCGGAGGGGAAGAAGAAGCAGGCGACAAGCACCUCCGAAACAAUCGUGCGGAUGCUUAACCGGCUUGAUAAUGCAUGUGGAAGGAUUCUGCGUGAACAGGACCUAUUGGCAGAUGAGAUGGAAUCAAGAGCCCCUGACGAGAAAUGGAGGAGCAUGCUCGAUACCGUGAUGGCUAUGGCCAGUAUCCUCCAAGUCGAGGGCAGAGUGGGAGAGGAGGCUUUGACAUCGCAAAUAGUGUCCCAUGAAUGA